ACGAGGCCGAGUGGGCGAUGGCGGCGGYGGAGCGGGGCUACCCGCGCAGCUCCAUCGAGGAUGACUUCAACUACGGCACCAACGUGGCCUCGGCCAGCCUGCACAUCCGCAUGGCGUUUCUACGGAAAGUCUACAGCAUUCUUUCAGUCCAAGUUCUUUUAACCACAGUCACAUCUGCACUUUUUCUGUACUGGACUGGACUUCAGGCAUUUGUGCAUGAAAGGCCUUCCUUGCUGUUGAUAUCUGCAUUUGGGUCUUUGGCAACAAUCUUGGCCUUGGCAUUCUACAGACACCAACAUCCUAUUAACUUAUAUCUUCUUUUUGGAUUUACCCUUUUGGAAGCACUGUCUGUUGCUGUUACAGUCAGUUUCUAUGAUGUAUCCAUUGUUUUCCAAGCCUUUAUUCUUACUACUGCUGUAUUCCUUGGACUGACUGCAUACACCUUGCAAUCCAAGAGAGACUUCAGCAAAUUYGGAGCAGGCCUCUUUGCCUGUUUAUGGAUUUUAAUCAUCUCAGGAUUCAUGAGGCUGUUUUUUCAUAGUGAGUCAGUGGAGCUGGUGUUUGCUGCUGCCGGAGCGCUUCUCUUCUCUGGAUUUAUUAUUUAUGACACUCACUUGCUGAUGCAGAAAUUAUCCCCUGAGGAGUACAUACURGCUUCAAUCAAUCUCUACCUGGACAUCAUCAGUCUGUUCUUAAAUAUUCUGCGAGUGCUAGAUUCAAUUAAUAAAAAAUAAUCAAAUGUGUGRUGGUUUGAAAAUAGCAUAUAUAAACCUAAGCAGCUAAAUAGUUUUGAGUUGGGUGAUAUACAAACUGUUUAGUUUUGUCUUCUAGAGAAUAUUACUUUUUCAUUCUGUGAAUAUGGGUCCUUCCCUGGAAAUAAGUGGCUUUUUGUGUAGCUGAAUAUUCYUCUGCAGAAUAUUUAUGUUAGUUAACAAGCUGUAGCCAUUUCACUUUAAUUACCUAAUUUGCACUUGCCAUAAUUCACCAUUAAAACGUUUGCCAGCUUCUCGUUUCCUUAGAAUAAGUUAUCAGAAAGCCUCUAUCUGCUAUUCUGUAGCUGCUGGAAAUGUUUCUCUUGGGGYUGUAUGUAUGUAGAAUACAGGUGCUUUCAGUUUAAUAUUGUGCACUGGUGUACUAAGCUAAACAUUUGUUUUGGUUUGUUUUGGCUUUUUCAUUUGGUGAAAUGGAAAAAAAACUCUCUAAAAGAGAGGUUCUCUACCUGUUAAGGGCUUCCAGGUAAUUAGGUAACCAGGAAGAGUACUGAAACUCUUC